AGCAUAGAUGCAUAUAGAAAAGAAGAAAGCACAAAGAGUGUCGACAUAAUGGUGUGCCAAGAAGAAGUGUUGAUCUCAAAAGUAUGCGAGCUGUAUUCAGAAAUAGCGAGUCUAGAGAGUCUGAAACCGUGCAAGAAUGUGGACACCCUAUUCACAGAGCUUGUCCUGACAUGCAUACCACCAAGCCCCAUCGAUGUCACAAAGCUCUCAAAGAACCUUCAAGAGAUAAGAUCCAACCUCAUAAGGCUCUGUAGCAUAGCCGAGGGUCAUUUGGAGCACCACUACUCCGCCAUCCUUGGCUCCUACGAUAACCCUCUCCACCAUCUCCACAUCUUCCCUUACUAUAAAAACUACCUCAAACUCGGUCUUCUUGAAUUCACAAUCCUCUCCCAACACUGCGGCCCACAACUCCCCAACAAGAUCGCCUUUGUUGGCUCCGGCCCUCUUCCUCUAACUUCCAUUGUUCUCGCAUCCAACCACCUCCCUUCAACCACUUUCCACAACUAUGACAUCGACUCUUCCGCCAACUCGAGCGCCAUGCGCUUGGUCUCAGGAGAUCCUGACUUGUCCAAGCGCAUGGCGUUUCACACCAAUGAUAUAUUGGAUGUGAGUUGUUUGGAAGAGUUUGACGUUGUUUACUUGGCGGCGCUUGUGGGAAUGGACAAGGAAGAAAAGAACAGAGUGAUUGAUCACUUGUCAAAGUACAUGGCACCUGGUGCUGUUCUUAUGCUGAGGAGUGCUCAUGGCGCUCGUGCUUUUCUGUACCCUGUUGUUGAGCCCUGUGAUCUUAGAGGCUUUGAGGUUCUCUCUGUGUUCCACCCUACUGAUGAGGUUAUCAAUUCUGUUCUCAUAGCCAGAAAAUACCCUCUUUCUGUUGUUGACCAACAACAAGGACUUGGUUCUAUGAUACUACCCAAUAAGUGCUCUGAUGAGAUUCAAGCCUUCAACCACCCUCUCAAUCAUGGCAACAUCAUCAUUGAGGAAUUAACCCUUGACGAUCAACUCUGAUGAUCUCUUCAGAUUUUAGAUAUUUUCUUUAUCUUUACCAAUUGAAUUUGGGGGCCAUGUUCUAGUAGCUUAAUUAGUCUAUAUUUAAUUUCCACUUGUGCUUGCAUCUCAUCCAUCAUCUUACUAGAAUUAUUACAUAUCUUUUCAUAAUGUUACUGCUCAUCUUAAAUUUUCAAUAAAUAUACAAGAUACUAUUGCAAA